GUCAUUGGUCGCUCUGGAAGCCGAGAGAAACCCGUCGGACGUCCGCUGCGCCUCCGCUUCACUCGCUGCAGGGUUGAGACGCGCGCCGGAGGAAUGCGUGGCACGGCCAGACGUUGAUUUGGAUUUUUGGAAAGGGAGGACUCUCUUUCGACAAGUGCAUUGCCAUUCAUUUCUAGCAUGAUAGCUGGCCGUUAGAAAAUGUCUCACCAGCAGCGGCUCGUGCAGCUCUCCGCCGCUUCGCUCGCGGUCGUCUUCGGGCCGGACGACGAGAGUCUGCGCGCCGGCGGAGGGAAAAUCAGUGCCAGUGCCACGAGUGGACAGGAGGUGUUUGCGGACUUUAAGGCUCAAAAUCUGCGCAGUUCCUGGAAUAAGAGGCUCGUUAAGGCCAUGGCCGAAGUGUGCUUUCAGGGAUGGAUGGAAAACUUGGUGCUUUUCGUUCAAGGGAAUGCAAACAACUUGGAGGUGCUGAGAGAAGCGUGGAUGCGCAGAGCUCUGAGGUCACCAAAGGGACUUAUCAUUAAGGCUGUCGGUGACCUGUCCCCGGUGCAGAUGUCCCCCGUCCCCCAGUCCCAGUUCAUUCCCUUGGCUGAGGUGUUGUGCUCCGUCAUCUCAGAUAUGAACUCCUCUCAAAUCACCGUCAACCAGGAAGCGCUAAUCAAUUACAUGAGCAAAGCCCACUCAGGUAUAACCAUCCCGACUCAGGACAUCCUCUACAAUGCUCUAGGCAAUCUCAUCAAGGAGCGCAAAAUUUACCAUACGGGCGAGGGCUACUUCAUCGUCACCCCUCAGACCUAUUUCAUCACCAACACCAUGGUCCGGGAGAAAAGCUGGUGGACCUCUGGUUCAGCCGACGACCCUCCCUCACCUCCUCCCAUCACUUACCUAUUGAGCAACGAGGCCUGUGUUGAAAGCGCUCAACCGCAGCCGGUGGCACACUGCAAGUCUUGCAGCUGCUUCAGCCCUCUGCAGACGUCCACUGAUAACGCCUGCACUGCUGUGACAGCCGCCGUCCCUCCCUCCACGGUCCCGGACCAGCAUUCUGUCUCUUUCUCCGUAAGCGAAUGCACAGGCAAGAGCUUAAAGUGGCCGAGACCGCUAGAUCACAAACCCACUGUGCAGCAUCAGUCCACCUCCACAGCUGCAGAUUGCCACGCCAGCGAGAUCAGCAAAACCACAGCCACUACUAACGCCACCGGCCGCAAAGAAAAGGACAACAAACCGGGGAGGAAGUUUGGUCUCAGCUUGUUCCGGAGGAAUGGAGGAAAGAAAGAGAAACCAAAGAAGGAGUACACAUCGUUUUCAGCCCAGUUCCCUCCAGAGGAGUGGCCAGUAAGAGACGAGGAGGACCUGAACAACUUACCCCGCGACCUGGAGCAUGCCAUCAUCAAACGCAUCAACCCUGAACUGACAGUGGACAACUUGACACGUCACACAGUGUUAAUGAAGAAGCUGGAGGAGAGAAGGGAAAGAGCCACAGACAGAGUGUUGGACAGAUGUUUGGACAAAGAUGAUAAGGGCGUAGACAAGGGAAUGUCUACUGACAUCCCAGCAAAACCCAGGCAUCAUCACUCCUCUAAGGCAGGGAGAAGAUCUGCGCAGAAGGCCUCUCGCAGCAAAAGGAGGGCCCAUUCCUCGAGAGAGAAGCAGAGGGAAAAGGAGAGGGAGCGGGUUAAGAGUAAGGUUCCAAUAAGUGCGGAUGAUUAUCCACAGGGGGAGGAUUUGAUCCCUUCUCGGCUCAGAGUGGAAAUCCGUGUUGAUGAACAAGAUCAAGUGGAAGACGGCGGAGCAGGUGGGGGCAAAUCGCUUUAUAAGAAACGCAUUGAAAACCCGUUCCAGACUCAUCCGAUCAAAGACGCUGAGCCCAUUAUUUCUGCCACCAUCAACAAAGAGCACAGAAGGCAAGAGGUAAAAGAGGGCAAGGUUCUGGGGCCAGGAAAGAUGGAUCGAACGUCUCACCGAUCAAAAUCGUGGGACCCCAAUCGGUCCAAAGUGAUUGCAGUAGAUGUAGAGCGUGCAGGGAAAUCCCCUACAUCUGAGGACAGGUACACCUGUGUCCAUAGCAGGGACCCCACAGCUGAUCAUUUGCUCCAAGCAGACAUAAAGAUCAACAGUGAGCUGCCCCCGGACUACAGCUCAGCCUACCCACAGAGCAGUACGCUUCGGAUGGACGACAAGAGCCGAUGUCAGAGGGAGGGGAGCGGGAAGGACAGCUGUGACAGAGAAGGCGUGAAUGAGCAUUUUCAGGACGCAGAAUGCAACGGGGCACCUGACCCCAGCCAAGCCCUGGGUGACAGGCUCUCUAAUGUCCAACAAUACUCAGCAAUUCUCCCCACACAUUCCUACGAGACGGUCAUGAACCCCUCUUAUGACCCAUCUCAGCCCUGGCACAAGCCCCCUUUACAGCGCAGACACUCCCUCAGAACCUCCAGGCCUCAACGGGAUAAUACUCAGGGACCAGAGCUCUCGUCACACCAGCAGGCCUGUGAAAUUACAGCCACCCAGGAACAACGGGACAUACGACCCGUCACCAUUAGUAGCAUGGAGCAAAGGACCAUGGGCCAGGGAGAAAGGCCAGGACUGAUGGCUGACAGCCCUCCCUCAAUAACAGACACUGCCGGCUUUAUAGAAGACGACAAUAGGCUCUAUCAGAGAGAGGAGGAGCAGGAGGAUGAGGAUGGCUGCAGCUCCUUGUGUCUGAAUGAGGAGGAGAUCCCCAAUGCUUCGAAGGCGUACCGUAAAGGUGUAGCGGACUACCGUGGCCACCGCUCCGGUUACCAUGGCCACGAAUCGGAUGUGCAAUAUCCGGGGCCCCGCCAUCACUAUAACGAUUCCAACUCUCACCAGCCGCUAGAAGAUUCCAGGGGCAGCGAUCUCAUGACCUCACCCGUUCAGAGGGAGCCUUCCCUCAGCCCCAACGCACCGAGAGAGACCGGCUGGAGACUCCAUCCGCGCCGUCAGAGAGACAGAUCGCCGGGGCCCAAAGGGGAACCCAGCCCCAGGCGAGCCACCAUGAUCCAGACGGAGAGACAGCGUGAGGUCAACCCCGAUGCGGACCGCCUCGAACCACCUGACGCUGCAGACGGAAGCAUCUUUGACUACUGCCAGACCAGUGAGGUAGAAUCCGACGCGGAGACGGUCCGUAAAUCGGGCGACGAGGGCGACGGCGAAUCGGCUCACUGGGCACGUGAGGCGGAGGUGGCGCGGGCGGAUGAGCGUGAUGAGACGGGCGUUCCUCGGACCCAAAGGGGUGUUGUGAGAGCGCCCAGUGGAGCCAGACGGGCGGAGACGGGGGAAGCAGGCGAGAACCGGAGCGUCACAGGGGACAGUGGCAUCGAUUCUCCACGGACCCGUGUCAGUCUGGCCUCCAGUAACACUGUCAUUCUGGAGGGUCUCAAGAGGAGAAGCUUCUUACAAAACCUGGAGAAACUGCAUUCGAAGAGCAGUGCCAUUCGGCCGCAGAGCUCAUUGCUGCAGCUCACUCCCGUGAUGAACGUAUAGCUGUCGAAGCCUUGAGUCCUGAUUCCUUCACGGGACUCAACGUAAAGAGGCCCGAAACCGCGGCCUGGACCCUCCAGCUCAAAUGCGUCCAAAAGGACAGUAACGUAUCCAAUAAGGAAGGUUUCCACCUCCUCAUCCAUGUAUUGAUGGAUUUUUAAACCAGUGGUCUGUGUACAGAUGUACAGUAUGUAUGCAUUUCUUUUUGUAAAUAAUAUGAAAUGUAAUGUAGACAAGGACUCAUUUGCUGACUUCUUCUGUGGAUGUCUUGUUAAAUGUGUGGUGUAUUGACAGCAUUUUUUGUGAUAUUUUUCUGUCUUUGUUCAGUUUCCCUUGUGUAUGUGCCUCAUUAGUAUAAAUGUUCAUAGCAAUAGCGUCUCCUAGAGGUUCCCUUCUUUUUCUUGUCACAAAGCAAUUAUCACAAAUAAAAUG